AUGGGAAACAGUAAUAAGUCGUCAUUAAGAAAAACUCAGUCGGUCCCUGAUACUCAGAGACUAGCCCCAGAUGCUCCAGUAUUCGACAAACAGAAAUCAGUGAGCCAGCUGCGACUGAACCAGCCUCUUGAGAAACCUGGCAAACCUGGAAAAGCUGGAAAGAAGCACAAGCAUCACACCAAAGAAGAAAUUCCACAGCUGGCCCCAUCAGAUGCUGCCUUUCUGCCAGAAUUCCCACUUCGAGGCGAGUUGGAGGAUCUGGAUUUUCAUGUUCUGGGUGUGAUAGCCCGGGGUGCCUAUGGGAAUGUUAUCAAAGUUCAAAGAGAAGAUGAGAAAAAGUUCUAUGCUGUGAAAGUCUUAGACAAGGCUCAGAUAAUCCAGGAAGGAGCCAUAAGGCAGUGUAAAGAUGAAGCUACAAUACAGUCAAUGGCUGGAGAACACUUGUUUGUUGUCAAAGCCCAUGAGUACUGGCAGUCAAGUGGGAACUUGUUCAUAGUGUUGGACUAUGUUCCUUAUGGAGAUAUGUUCACUCUGUGGACCUUCCAUGGUGCCUUCCCAGAAAAACUUGUCCAGGUCUACAUUGCUGAGAUGGCCAUGGUAAUAGAUUUCCUUCACAAUGCCAGUGUGAUUUACAGAGAUGUCAAGAUGGAGAACAUUCUGUUCAAUGCCAAAGGUCACAUUCAGCUGACAGAUUUCGGGCUGGCCAAGUGGCUGCAGGGAGGCGAUGUAACCCGGACUGUCUGUGGGACAUUACAGUACAUGGCUCCAGAGGUCCUCUCUGUGUAUCCGUAUGGACAUUCAGCAGACUGGUGGUCACUGGGCAUUCUCAUGUAUGCCAUGCUGGCUGGCAGGUAUCCGGUUGACGGGGCAGAUACUCAUACCAAGAUGGCACAAAAAGUGUUUGAGAGUGACUUUUUUCUACCCAGCACAAUCAGUGAUUCCGCUCAAGAUGUUAUCAACAAACUAUUAACUAAAAGUCCCCACAAACGUUUAUGUGAUGUCAACAGUCUGCAGGACUUGGACUUCUUCCAGGGCAUCUUCUUUCCUGACUUGAUUGAACAGAAGCUGAAUCCACUUGAUGUGGUACCCGAAGACUUUUUCCCAAUGACUGGACACAGCUGGGCCCCACAGUUAUUGACACCUGAGGAGCAGAGGGACUUUGAUCAG